UUUGUGGCGGUUGUUGGCGAUUUGAUGAAGUUUUCCAUCGAGUUUCGACAAACAAACAACGUUGCUGACAAUCCAAGACAGAGAAGACAGGCAGGCAGGACUCUGAACCCACUCACUGAACAUGGCGAGCAUCAACAAAGCCUGUGUUAUUGGCAGUGGCCUGAUUGGCCGCUGCUGGGCCGCGCUCUUUGCUCGGGCGGGGCUGGAGGUGCGCUUGUUCGACAUUGACGAGGCACAGGUCACCACAGCCCUGGAUGCUAUUCGCGACAUCAUCGCCGAGCUCCACGACAACGACCUUCUCCGCGACCAGACGGUGGAUGAGGUGUUGCAGCGUGUGAGCGGCAGCAGCAACCUCGGUGAUGCCGUGGGUGAUGCAGAUUACGUACAGGAGUGCGUGCCAGAAGUGCUGGACAUCAAGCGAAAAGUGUUUGAGCAGCUGGACGAGGUGGUGAAGGACUCGUGCAUUCUGGCGAGCAGCACCUCGUGCAUCGCCCCGUCCAAAUUUACACACGACCUGAAGCACUCUGCCAACUGCAUUGUGGCGCAUCCUGUCAACCCACCACACUACAUCCCCGUCGUGGAGGUUGUUCCCGCUCCGUGGACGAGCGAGCUGACUAUCGAGACGACCCGCGCGUUUCAGCUCAGGCUGGGACAGGCGCCGGUUGUGCUGCGAAAGGAAGUGAACGGGUUCAUCAUCAACCGCCUGCAGUAUGCGCUGCUCAUGGAGGCGUGGCGGCUGGUCGAGGAUGGGGUGGCAACGCCGCAAGACGUGGACACGGCUGUGUCGCAGGGGCUUGGACUUCGGUGGUCGUUCAUGGGACCGUUUGAAACCAUUGAUCUCAAUGCGCCGGGCGGUGUUGUUGACUACUGCAACCGCUACGGCGACACCAUCUCGGCCGUCUGCAGAGAACAAGAGGACACGCGCGCCAUGAAGGGAACAGCGACAGCAGCAACUGUUCACGCCGCAAUGCGCCAGGAUGUGCCGGAGGACCAGCUGAAGAGCGGUGCGCGUCGCGCGUGGAGGGAUCGACGGCUGGCCGCACUCGCUGUGCACAAGCACAAGCAGGCACAGGUGGAACAGGCUGUCGACGACAAGUGAACAGUGAUAUGGACACGACCACUUCGCGCUUGUUUGCGCUUGUUUCCUCAUCCGCUCUCUUCCCCCCCCCACCCCCGGUUCUUUCGUUGGCCAGUCGUUGAGAAAGGGAGUUGUUACAUUCCAUUACAUUCCCACGCAUCACCAUCAUCUGCCUGUCAUUGCUGCUUCAACCAUUACGCGCACCGUGGCAUCUCUCCCAGUAUGCACCACUGCACCCUCCACUUCUUGGUGUGAGUGAAUGAAACCGUACACAGAGAUAACAUGGACGAGUCGUCAAGUCAACCCUAAUGAAACAAGUCAACUUUUUGACACCUGGAUCAUCCAUGACUGUUCGUUUACUCAUCUUAUGAUGAAUGAAGAGAGAGUAAAGGUAAC